AGGAGAAGAAAAAACUGGUUCGAGAAUUCGAUGAGAAGCAGCGUGAAGCAAAUGAGACGCUGCGGGAAAUGGAGGAAGAACUGAAGUAUGCUCCGCUGCCGUUCCGCAACCAAAUGAUGAGCAAAAUCCGAGCCUACAGAAGAGACCUCUCCAUGUUCCAGAGAGAGAUGAGAAGCACAGAUUUGGGAUUGGGCCCUGGAAGUCAAAGCGAUACGAAAUACGGAAUCUUCUCCACGGAAAAUGAACAGAGUACUCAUCUGCAGUCACAGAGGGUGCUGCUUCUCCAGGGCACAGACAGUCUGAACAGAGCCAGUCAGAGCAUCGAGCGCUCACACCGGAUUGCUGCUGAGACGGAUCAGAUCGGCACGGAUAUAAUAGAGGAACUGGGGGAGCAGCGGGAGCAGCUGGAGCGCACCAAGAGCAGGUUGGUGAAUACAGGCGAGAACUUGAGCAAGAGUCGCAAGAUUCUGCGCUCCAUGUCCAGGAGAGUAACCACUAAUAAGUUGUUGCUGUCAAUCAUCAUCAUCCUGGAACUGACCAUCCUAGGAGGUGUGGUCUACUACAAAUUCUUUCGCAAGUGAAUCUUCAUGACCAAGAUGAGCUUUUUCACUGCUGAAGAACAGGAUGGGCUGUCUGUUCCCUUUGACUGUCUAAGGAUUGAACUGUCUGACAAGACAGCACAUUCAGCUGAAACUGUACUGACAUAGAGAGACAGAGAAUGGGAGUAAAAGGAAAAUACAGAACUACUGGUAUGAGUAAUAAGAAGGUAAUAAAUAUUUUAUUGUCUCAUUUUGUAUAUACUUCACUAAAUGAAUAAAUCUUGGUAUGUAAUAAAGCAGCCACCGAUUAGUGGAAAA